AACACUUUAUAUAGUGACUUUUCGAUUAGAUACAUUAAUUUAACCUAAAAUUUGUAUAUAUGUUGUUGAAAUUGACAGGCGGUCAUGUUAGAGUCUGCGAUAGCCGCUACGAUUACCUGGCGGGAUCAACCAAAGUUCAACUGGAACAAUGUUACCAAAAUUUAAUUAACGAGUCGGGACGUUUGGAAGUGCAUGAUAUCCGACCUGUUCAGAGACAGACAGGAUCAGUCGGCUGUGGAUUGUUUGCUAUCGCCUUCGCGUACGAAUUAGCAGUUGGACAUCAGCCAGUACAUCUGGUACGCUUUGACCAAAAGAAAAUGAGGAGCCAUCUUCUCUCCUGUUUUGAGAAGCGAGAACUGACCCACUUCCCUCAAGCACGUCGACAGCCAGCAACACAGCCAAUUUACAACAAAGUUACAAGCGCGACCUUAUGUGAAUGUAAACUGCCAGAAAAAUGUAACUGUGCACCAGGCUUUUAGCCAGGGUCCUAAAAGAGGGCGUCCAAUUUUGGUACAACGAUACAUCUACAGUAAAGGGGGGAGGGGUUGAGAAAACGUUCCUCUGGAAAACCUUUGGAGUUUAUGUUUACUUCAUGUCAGUAUUUGUUCCAAGCUUGUUCGAAAUUUUUCAAACACACUUGGCUUUGUGAGUUUGUGCCGCUAUGCUUCUUUACUUAACUACGACAUUUUCAUUCAGCCAGGUACACCAUCAAAUUGAUCAAAAUGUCAAAUGUAUAAUAAUAAUGAGAAUUGAAACUAUGUCGUUUCAAAUAUAUUAAUAUACUUAGGGAAAUAAUUGAAAAUAAUUUCCCUUUUCCCCCAGAAUUUGGGCGUCCAAAGGCGUCCAUUUUUGUUCUAGGGGCGUCCCAGCUAGGACGCCUGGACGCCCUUCUGGCUAAAAGCCUGCUGUGCACACAAAGCUUCUUUUUAAUCUAAUAAUCUUUAAUCUUUCAAGAGUUUCACAUGAAAUAGUAUAUACUAAUUUACAAUGUGAAUUACAUUUAGAAUUCAUAAGAAAUCUAACUAUAAUAUUUACAAGUAAUCUUUAAUUUAAAAUUUUUUUCAAUCCCAUACUAUUUUUAAAUCGUUCUGUUCGAUAUCUAAAAUUAUACAGUUUUUCUCCAUUUGGUCUAGUUUGUCUCUAUCUUAUCUGAUUAACUGUUUCUGGCAAUAAAGUAUAUGUAGUCUUUAAUGUUUUAAGGAACUGAACUCAAUAAACGACCCAAUACUGAUCUGGAGGACAAGGGAUACGUAAUACCUGCUCCAGAGAAACCACAGCACGGAACACCAGGUCAAAAUGAAACCUGUGAAGAGCCCAAAUUAUCGUCAGAAAAUCCUGUUUAUACUGAGCUUGAUGUGAACGGUAGAAAUACAACGGAAGACAGUACCCAUCAGAAACUAGUAAAGCAAGACUUAUGAAACAUCUUUCUUCUCGUCUUUCUUUAACAGAUUCAUGAUAAAAAAAUAUUAUUUUGACCAAUAAAUGCGGGAAUAAGCUUUAACACGAAAACGAGGCUAAGGGCACAGAAUAAAGAUCAGUACCAGAAGGGCCACUCAGCGGUGCAACGUGUCACCAUUUUUCUAUGCAAAAAUGUGCAAUUGACUGGCCAGAAGGCGGGGCCUCCAGCCAAUACAGCGCGUUUAUUGGCCAGAAAAUGUAAUCGACUGGCUAGGAAGAUGGCGGCCAGGGUGGCCCUUCUGUGUGCCUUAUUCUGUGCUAAGGGGCAAUGACCCAUGCAUGUGUUGAAGAAGGAUGCUCUGCUUCUUUGUACGUAUAGCCAGUGAAAAAACAACUUGAAAUCUAUUCCAUUUAAGGGGGUCUUAAGUUUAAAACAAUGUAGCUGUGACGGAAUUACAGGAAAGGUCUAUUCUCGUUUGAUCCCCCGUUAAUGCGACGUCAAUGCAAAUUUUAAAUAAAUUUGACAAUUCUGAGAGAGCAUGAGAGUUGGCAGUCACGUGACCUCGGUUAGCGCAUGUUCUUAAUGCUUUCCCAACACUAUCAUGUAUUCUAUUUAAGUUAAAACAUAGUUGGAACACUCAUCAGACCUUUAUUUUGUUAAUCUAUGUGACUGUCAACUGAACUCUCAUCCUCAGAAAAAGUUUUGAAAAUAAACUAAUGUAGUGAAACUUUUGAUAACGUUUUCAAUUUCCUUUCUCGGGAGAAAUCAAACUCAACAGCAGAGGCGGUUCGCAGAAACUGUGCCGUCGAAAUCCCUCGAAUACGAAGGCAAAUAUAGCAUGG